GGGCGGCGGCUGGGGACUCAGCAGUGGGGGUGCACGGUGCCCGGCGCGGCCAGGUGCUAGCCGCUGAUAGUGUUUGGGGAUGCUGGCACCGGGGGUUCUUUGCUGCCUGCUGCAGGUGGGCAGCGCCGCCGUCCUGGCGUCUGCAGGCACCCGGUUUGGAGAAGAGGGUAGUGGUGAUCCGGGCCGCGACCAGAAGAAAGGGGCGGCGGCGGCGGCGGCCUUCCGGGAAAGUGCUAAAAGAAUUAGACUACUGAAUUCAUCAUCAAAAGAUAAUGCAACUGCUUUCUAUGGAAUAAAUCAGUUUUCUCACCUGCUUCCUGAAGAGUUCAAAGCUAUUUACUUAAGAAGCAUACCUCACAAACUUCCCAGAUAUAUCAAAGUGCCAAGAAGAAACAAAAAACCUUUGCCAAAGAAGUUUGAUUGGAGGGACAAGAAAGUCAUUGCAGAAGUGAGAAAUCAGCAAACAUGUGGAGGCUGCUGGGCUUUCAGCAUUGUGGGUGGUAUAGAAUCUGCCUAUGCAAUUAAAGGAAAUAACCUGGAAGAACUCAGCGUGCAGCAGGUUAUUGACUGUUCAUACAAUAAUUAUGGCUGCAGUGGAGGAUCCAUUGUUAGUGCCUUGAUCUGGCUGAACCAGACAAAAGUAAAACUUGUGAGAGAUUCAGAAUACACUUUUAAAGCUCAGACAGGACUGUGCCAUUAUUUUGAUCACUCAGAUUUUGGAGUUUCAAUAACAGGAUUUGCUGCAUAUGACUUCAGCAGUCAAGAAGAAGAAAUGAUGAGGAUGCUUGUUAAUUGGGGCCCUUUGGCAGUAACAGUAGAUGCGGUUAGCUGGCAGGAUUAUCUCGGCGGGAUCAUACAGUAUCACUGCUCCAGUGGAAGAGCCAAUCAUGCUGUUCUUAUCACUGGUUUUGAUAGAACAGGCAGUAUCCCUUACUGGAUUGUACAGAACUCUUGGGGACCUGCCUGGGGAAUAGAUGGCUACGUUCAUGUUAAGAUGGGCAGCAAUGUCUGUGGUAUUGCGGAUACAGUUUCAUCAGUAUUUGUUUGACACUUACUGGCCAAAGACCGCAAGUAUCGUUUGGACACAGGCUGCACCUGAAGAUUUACUUCAAAACAUUUUCUUAAAAUAAGAAGUUGUUUUAAGGGCAAGUCCUGCUUUUAGACAGUACAGGAAGGUGUUGACUGGAGUUUUAAAAAAUGUUUUUAUUUGGGAUUUGCAUUUCAUAUCAAAUCUCCCAUGGAAUAAGAAGACUCAGAGUCAAGUGCUGAGUGUGCAAAAGAGAGUUAUGAAGAUAAACUGAAACUGUGAGUCUCCAGGUGUUGAGUACUCUGUAGAAAAUUGUAUAAGGAACAAAAUGGCGCCAAAAGAUAAGGAAUUUGGAUCAAAUAAUAGUAUGACAGAGUGUAACUGAAAUGCUUUGAAUAUUAGAAACACUGUGAUUAGGUCUGCUCUUACUGGGCAGGGGAGAAGGGCAGUUGGAAGAAUACAUUCUCUCUAGUUUUCUUUUGGACUUGCCUUGGCUUUUCCAGUACCUCCGACAGGCACAUUUUGUCUUCCUCCUUUUUGUGAGAUCCUUCAUUUUCUCUACAGGAAUAGAGGAGGAGGGAAAUGGAUAGCCAAAGUUCUUUCCUGGGUACUCUGUCUCAGAAGUGCUGCAGUCCUUCACUUUCAGUCAUCAGACUUUUGUUAGGUAAAUAUAACUACUGAGCUUUUUAGCAUAAGGGAGCAUGUUUUGGAAAGUGUUUGAUAUCAGAGUUUUCUACAUUCAUUUGUUAGAUGAAGAGAGAAGAAAGAAGCAGCAAUCCUAGUGGUUUAACAUCUGGUGUCCUGGCAGGAUGUGUUUGUUUGCCAGUCAGCUUUUCCUUCCUUCUGUGGGCUGUGUCAGUUCCAUGCCUUCUCUCCUCUCUUCUACAUGACCAACAGCAAAGCUAAUUUUGCAAAGCCAAAAGUAAAAAUUUACCUGAUACAGAAAAAAACAUAAGGGUGGAGUUUCAUAAUACAUACUUGCCACCUUUGCAAAUCAGCAAUUACAGAAUAUGCCAAAUAUGUGGCUGUUAACUUCCCAGCAUUGAUUAACUUCAUAGGUUGGGCUUGCUGGGAAUCAGAAAGGAAUUCCAGGUUUGCUGACCUGUAAAAGUGCAGUUGCAGGCAAGUGUAACUAGAAUUCACAAGCAAACAUACUUAAGCCAUUCUAUGAUUCUAUGAUGUAAUUCUAAAUGCUUUGGAUCUUUUCUCUGAAGUACUUUACCUGUCUUGUGGAGCACUACUAUGAAAAGUAUUGAAGCAAUACCAGAAUUUUUGCACUCAGUUACUGCCUUGUGUUAAUUUAAUCAAAUGCAAUGAGUGUUCAUAAUGGUCUGUAGUCAGCAUUGUCAAUUUUGUCUUUCUGCUUCUAAGUUGUUACUAUUUGAAAUGAAGACCAAGUGGUAUAUUUCACUACUUCAGGUUCUGCCACUUAACGAAUGUACUGUCUGUGAAAGUUUCAGAUUAAUGAAAGGGGAAGUCUUCAGUAGUAUGGCUUUCCCUUAGCAGUUUACAAACAACAAACAGCACACUUCCAUAACUGGAAAACAACAGCCAAGGGACCUAACUGGCACUGAUAAGGGUAAUGCUGUCAUAGUAGUAUCAAACACAGAUGUGCCACCAGUAUUUCUGAGGUGGUACUAUCAACCUUAAGUACCUAAAGCGCUACAGUAGAGAGUAGUUCACCACAAGUUCAAGCCUGCAGGGUAGCUGUAUUUUCAGGGGAAGGUUUAAAAAUGAGGAGACAACACAGCCUUAUCAAUAUAGCUAUGGCCAGGUUUGCCUCACUUUUAUUAUCUGUCAAUUAUUCCAGUGGUGUUUUGAAUAAAAAGCAUUUCAAAUGUU